ACCAAAAGGAAAAUAGCAAACGAAGAGCUGCACAGUCUGCACUUAGUUGACCUACCAAAAAACGAGAACACUGAAGACUUUCCUUUUGCCAAAGCUUGCUUCUUCUAAGUAUUCACCAGCAAGCUCAUCUUUUUCAUUCCUUGGGUAAUUUUGCUAUGGCCGAGAUAGCAUCCCUUGUGCUUUCCACUGGCAUUACGUCGGCAAUUCUGCAGGUUGUCGUCGAGAGAGUCGCAAAGUUUGUUGAACAAAAGAAACACUUGUUUUCUAGGGUGGACGACAAUCUCAGAAAGUUGAAUAGAACGCUGAUGAACAUUCAAGCUCGUGUUGAUGAUCUAGAAAAGAAACAUUGCAUCACGCAGGCAGCAGAAGAUUUGCUCGAAGAUCUCAAGACUAGUUUUUUGGACGCUGAAGAUUUGCUGGACAAGAUUGAAGUGGAGGUCAACAGUUGGAAUCAGGUACAUCACUUGAUCCCCUUCUAUUCUAGCAUACCGUCUGAGAUUAAAAAGAUGCAAGUGAAAUUGGAUGAGUUAGUAACAGAACUGGAAAGUUACUCUACCACAGAAAUCAUCCAGUCAAGAGGGCCUAAAGAAAAGACUAUUCCUAAUUCGACUUCAUUGGUUGAUAAAUCAUGUGUGUUUGGGAGGGAUGAAGACAUGUACAAGAUUAAGAAAUUGACAUUUUCUGUACAAGGAGAAGAGAGAAAUUUCUCUGUAAUUUCAAUAGUGGGCAUGGGUGGGAUUGGGAAAACAACACUUGCUCAACUCUUCUACAAUGAUGCAGAUGUGCAUAAAAAGUUUGAUUUGAAAUUAUGGGUGUCUGUUUCUUUAGACUAUGGUCUAGACAUGAUUACAAAAUCUAUUCUUGAGUCUGCCACUGGAGGAAAGGGUUCUCAGUUGUCAAGUUCGGAUAGUGUUCAGGUUGAAUUACAGAAGACAUUGAAGGGGAAGAGGUUUUUACUUGUACUAGAUGGCAUUUGUAAUGAUAAUCUCAGUGAUUGGGAUCGACUCAGGUUGUCUUUUAUGGAUGUAAAUAAGGGGAGCAAGAUUGUGAUGACUACUCGAAGUGAAAUUUCUGCCUCAAUUGUUGCCUCUACAUCAUAUCGUUUGGAUCCUCUGUGUGACAAUGCUUGUUGGGAAAUAAUCAAACAAAGAGGGAAUCUUAAUGGGCAGACUAAUUUGGAGGCGAAUGGCCUAGCAAUUUCGAAGAAGUGCAAAGGAUUUCCAUGGGUAGCAAAAGUGAUUGGAAGCUGUUUGAAUUCGGGAGAGAUGGAGUGGGAUGCUUUGUUAAAGUACGGGCUUUGGGAACUGCAGGAACAUAAAACACGAAUCUAUCCAGUCCUCAAAUUGUUGAGUUAUGAUAAUAUGCCUUCUUAUUUGAAAAGAUGUUUCAGUUAUUGUUCUAUCUUUCCUCGUGAUCAUGUAGUUGAGAAGGAUGAUUUGGUCCAACUAUGGGCAGCAGAAGGCUUUAUUCAGUCCCAAGGAACAAGAGAAAUUGAAGAUGUUGGAAGACAGUAUUUUGAGGACUUGCGUUCGAGGGCUUUCUUUUCACAAGUUCCACAUAUUGGUGGUGAUCAGCAGAAAUAUAAAAUGCAUGAGCUCAUUCAUGAUUUGGCAAGAUUUGUUUCAACCAACUUAUGCUUUUGUAUGGAGGACAAUAUGCCAUGCUUGGUGCACAUAUCUCCUAAUGCUCGGUAUGCGUCCUUGCUAUAUGAAAAUACUCAACUAUCUACAUUGGAGGCGUUUUACAAGUAUGAGAAGUUGAGGACAUUUACAUUGCUUCCUAAAUUCCCAUCUAUUCCAAGGCCAGUCAUGUUGCUUCCCAAUUUUUCGUCCAAUCUUGGCGAAGUCCCUCAUGAAUUUUUUGAAAGGUUGGGAUGCUUGAGGGUGUUGAAUUUGAGUCAUAGUGCCAUCUCUAAAUUGCCUGAAUCUAUUGGAAAUUUGAUUCAUCUUCGUUACCUCAAUCUUAGUCAUACCUGUAUUAUACUAUUGCCAAAGCCUAUAACAACGAUAUAUGGGUUAGAAACAUUGAAGCUCAAGAGUUGUCCUAAACUUCUUCAUUUGCCUGAGAACUUAAAGGACUUGAUUAAGCUAAGACAUCUUGACUUUGACAGACACCGUCAACUAAGUUCCAUGCCAAUAGAUGUUGGGAAGUUAACUAGUCUUGAAACCCUUCAUGCAUUUAAAGUGGGAAAAGAGAAAGGAUAUCAGAUUGAGGAGCUUAAGAACAUGAGGUGUCUUCGUGGAUCCAUUUCUAUUACAAAUCUUGAGAAUGUGGCAGAUUCUAUGCAGGCUGAGGCUGCUAUGUUACACAACAAGCAAUACUUAGACAGGUUGGAGCUAGAAUGGAAUGGAAUCAGAGGUCAAAUGCAACCAGUUCAACAAGAAGUUCUUACUGGGCUUGAACCACAUGCUGGAUUAAAGGAGUUACGAGUAACAGGUUACUGUGGUUUGUUAUUUCCCAGAUGGAUAGCCAACUCAGAAUUUAGCAAGCUUGAGAGUAUUGAAUUAGAAAAUUGCCCAUUUUGUGUACUUCUUCCUUCUCUUGGCCAACUUCCGGCUCUCAAGAAACUUCUUAUUCAAAAUAUGUCUACUUUGGAAGGUGUGGAUCGUCUGUUUUGUGGUUCCUCAACUGCUUUUCUAUCCUUGGAGACGCUAACACUUCGUGACAUGCCGGAGUUGAGUAACUGGUCAGGGCUACGUGACAAUGACAUGCCUUACCUCAGAGACCUCUUCAUUGAUUCUUGUCCAAAGUUGGCCACCCUACCUUCAUUUCAUUACCUCACUUCACUUCAAUGUUUAGACAUCAAUCGUUGCCCUCAGCUUGAAUCUUUGCCAGAGGGAGAACUGCCACCCUCACUCAAAACUUUGAUCAUUUUGGAUAGUGACAUCUUGAAGGAUCGGUGCAAGGUGGGAGAAGGUGCAGAUUGGAAUAAGAUCAGAUGGAUCCCUACCAUAUUGAUUGAAAAUAUGGUGAUUCCUGCACAAAGACCAGAUAACCAGAUUGAUGAGGUUCAGAGUGCUCCAGAAAACAUGUUUGGUGGCAGAAACCCCUUGUCGAUUUGUUCUGUUAUUCCAGAAAACAUGUUCGGUAGCAGAAACCCCUUGUCGAUUUGUUCUGUUAUUCUUUUUCCUCUGCUCAUCCUUUUUAUGAGAUCCUUGUACCGGUACUUGUCCCAAGCCAGAGAUUGAUUGUCAGCAGAUUCCAGCAGUAGAACGGGAUAAAUAGGUAACUUAAUGCUAUCUAAAAAUAACUGUUAUGUCAUGAUAUUUUUAACUUCAGUUUGUCUACUGGCCCAAUGAAUAUCAUUAGAAUGAAUUAUUAGUUCACACGCUGAUGAUGUCUGUCAGAAUUUGUUGAAUCAGAGUCUAGGCGAAAUACUGGCUUUUUCGGCCUUCAGAGGUCUCCUCAGUUUUGUGGCACACUGGCACUGGUAGUGAUGUUUCAGGUAUUCCUAUAUAGCCUCAUGUUAUGGUCAAUCUGUUGAGUACAGUGUCACAUGGAAAAUCAUCCAUUUCUAAGGCUUGCAUAUAUUAUACGCCUGAAGAGUGUAGGCUGACUCGUGAAUAGGGUCUACCAGUUUCGGAAUAUAUGUAUGUAACAGAAUUUUCUCUUUUCUUGUAGAAAGUCCUCGUCUCAUGUUAUAGUCUUUGGCAACCUUGCAGCAAUUACUUGAAGAAGUUUCAAAAUCAAAGAAUGGCGGAACAUGUCUUAUCUAGAAUAUUUAUGCCAAGUUUACUAUGGAGUGAAACUCUUAUGUAUAAACUAUUUUUUUCUUUUGAGAAACAAUGUAUAAACUACGAAUAUGUCUACUGCGCUUGUCCCCAUCUUCUUCUUCACAUAGAUAUUGGAACUUAAUUUUA